GGAAUAUCAAACAGAUGAUCAAGUUGACACAGGAACACAUAGAGGCCCUGUUGGACAAGUUUGGUGGGGAGCACAACCCACCAUCAAUAUACCUGGAGGCCUAUGAAGAAUACACCAGCAAGCUAGAUGCCCUCCAGCAAAGAGAACAGCAGUUAUUGGAAUCCCUGGGGAAUGGAACUGAUUUUUCUGUUUCUAGCUCUGCGUCAGCGGACACCGUCACAUCUUCUUCCUCUUCUAGCCUUUCAGUGCUACCUUCAUCUCUUUCAGUUUUUCAAAACCCCACAGAUGUAUCACGGAGCAACCCCAAGUCACCGCAAAAACCUAUCGUUAGAGUCUUCCUGCCCAACAAACAGAGAACAGUGGUCCCUGCCCGGUGUGGUGUCACUGUCCGAGACAGUUUGAAGAAAGCAUUGAUGAUGAGAGGGCUGAUCCCAGAAUGCUGUGCUGUCUACAGAAUUCAGGAUGGAGAGAAGAAGCCCAUCGGCUGGGACACAGACAUCUCCUGGCUCACUGGGGAGGAGCUGCACGUGGAAGUGCUAGAGAACGUCCCGCUGACCACACACAACUUCGUACGGAAAACUUUUUUCACCUUAGCAUUUUGUGACUUUUGUCGAAAGCUGCUUUUCCAGGGUUUCCGUUGUCAAACCUGUGGUUACAAGUUUCACCAGCGAUGCAGCACGGAGGUGCCACUGAUGUGCGUCAAUUACGACCAGCUGGAUUUGCUGUUUGUCUCCAAGUUCUUUGAGCACCAUCCCAUCCCGCAGGAGGAGGCCUCCUUAGCAGAGACUGCCCUCACGUCCGGGUCGUCCCCCCCCGCACCUUCCUCGGAUGCUCUCGGGCCCCCAAUUCUCACCAGUCCGUCUCCUUCAAAAUCCAUUCCAAUUCCACAGCCCUUCCGACCAGCAGAUGAAGAUCAUCGAAAUCAGUUUGGGCAGCGAGACCGGUCCUCCUCAGCUCCCAACGUGCAUAUAAACACCAUCGAGCCUGUCAAUAUUGACGACUUGAUUAGAGACCAAGGGUUUCGUGGUGAUGGAGGAUCCACCACGGGUCUGUCAGCCACCCCUCCUGCAUCCUUACCGGGCUCCCUCACAAACGUGAAAGCCUUACAGAAGUCUCCGGGGCCUCAGCGGGAAAGGAAGUCUUCAUCGUCCUCGGAAGACAGGAAUCGAAUGAAAACCCUUGGAAGGCGGGAUUCAAGUGACGACUGGGAGAUCCCUGACGGGCAGAUCACAGUGGGACAGAGAAUCGGAUCUGGUUCAUUUGGGACUGUCUACAAGGGCAAGUGGCAUGGUGACGUGGCGGUAAAGAUGCUGAACGUGACGGCGCCCACACCUCAGCAGUUACAGGCCUUCAAAAAUGAAGUGGGAGUACUCAGGAAAACACGACAUGUGAAUAUCCUACUUUUUAUGGGCUAUUCAACAAAGCCACAGCUGGCCAUCGUCACUCAGUGGUGUGAGGGCUCCAGCUUGUACCACCAUCUCCACAUCAUCGAGACCAAAUUUGAGAUGAUCAAGCUCAUAGACAUCGCACGGCAGACUGCACAGGGCAUGGAUUAUUUACACGCCAAGUCCAUCAUCCACAGAGAUCUCAAGAGUAAUAAUAUAUUUCUCCAUGAAGACCUCACAGUCAAAAUAGGUGACUUCGGCCUCGCCACAGUGAAGUCACGCUGGAGUGGGUCCCACCAGUUCGAGCAGUUGUCUGGAUCCAUCUUGUGGAUGGCCCCAGAAGUAAUCCGUAUGCAAGAUAAGAACCCCUAUAGCUUUCAGUCAGACGUGUACGCGUUUGGUGUGGUUCUCUAUGAACUGAUGACGGGACAGUUACCUUACUCAAACAUCAACAAUAGGGACCAGAUCAUUUUUAUGGUGGGGCGAGGAUACCUGUCUCCAGAUCUCAGCAAGGUCCGGAGUAACUGCCCCAAAGCCAUGAAGAGACUAAUGGCAGAGUGUCUGAAGAAGAAGCGAGAUGAGAGGCCACUCUUCCCUCAGAUUCUUGCCUCCAUUGAGCUGCUGGCCCGCUCAUUGCCAAAAAUUCACCGCAGUGCAUCCGAGCCCUCCCUGAACCGGGCCGGCUUCCAGACGGAGGACUUCAGUCUGUACGCCUGUGCUUCUCCCAAGACGCCCAUCCAGGCUGGGGGCUACGGUGCGUUUGGCGGCCACUGA